UUUCGAACUUGAGCACUGGAUUUCGCCUUCACUAACCAAGGCCGCCCGCCCAAGGAAACAUAGAAAGUAUUGUUGUCACUGGCUAUGGACGAGACCCUCCCCGAUUGCGAUGCUAUAACAGUGCCAGUUCCCUCUGUCAGCAUCACCACAGAGGACCGAUUUAUCGCACUGUCUAAAACAGACAUUACCCACAUUGUUAUUCAGUUGACUGAUAGAAGACUUGAUUCAAUCAUGGAGUCAGUUGGGGUGCAGUAUGAAUUCAAUAAACCCUGGCCAUUCUGGUUCUUUAUCGGCAAGAUUGUAUCAAAAGCAUUCUUCAACAAUGAUCAGCAAUUAGAAUGGCUCAACACUGUUCGAAUAAGAACUAGGGAGUUUAUUGCAUUUACAAAUGCUGGUAGGAAGGAAACAGACAGCAACCAGAAGCUUCAAGUUAUUGAGGUUGAUUUUGCAAAGCCUCAGCCAGGUAAAGAGCUUGAGCUUUUUUGGAAGCCAGCGCGAGGACUUAUAAGUCAGAAGGUCCAGGAAUGGCUAGAUUUAUCAACAAGCUCUAGUAGCUUGGAGCAGAGGGAUCAAGAACAAUAUAAGGCCCAAUAGGUGAACAGCAGUUAAUGGAAAGGCAAAGUCAAUUGAAAAACGCAAUAGGGAAGACGUAUACGGAUGGGUUUGAUUGAUUGAUUAAUUUAUUCAGUUAGACUACAUCCAAGCCACUGGCCUACUGUAUGCAGUAUCUGUAGAUGGGUUAAAUAUCAGGGUGGAAAGCGCUGGC